AAAAAAACGGAUUGUGACUAAAAUUACCGCGCCGGGGUUCGCGGAAACCGUGCUAGUCCUAAAGCGGCAACUCCCCCCAACAUGCCCUGGGUCAAACCUUUGCACCAAAACCUCGAACCGUCAAUCGUCGACUAGGAUAUGUUCUAGCUAUUAGUUAUAUAUCCACAACUUCUGAAUUUCCAUCAAACAAUAGCUGGGAAUCUGUUAGUAACAACGCCUGUGGUUAAACCCGAACCCCUCUUUUCUCUCGUGCAAUCACGCCGGACCAAGAUACCCAACAACUUGGUCGAGCUGUGGCCCUAACGUACGGAACCAGUGACACCAGCUGCCAUGGACAAAGCCGGGGUGCAGAAGGCGAAUAGCAACUCUCCUACAUGUCCUGAAGAGCAUCCCAUAUCAGAUGAUGCGAAGACUUUGUCAGCAGAACCUGAAACCAAUAAGACAGUAGAUGCUGCUUUCUCUAGGACUAAGGAAAUGAGAGAGCGUUUCAAAGCACUUCAAGCAAGAGCCAAAAAUGCCACGGAAAGGAAUCUGAAGGAAACGGCAGCCGAAUCGCAACGUCUAGCUACUGACCCUAGCCUUCUCUCCAGUAUCUCCCGGAAGCAUGCCUUUGCAUCGCAUAACCUUCUCAAAGCAGAUACUGAAUCACAGGGCGAGGAUUUCGAGCGAAAGCGUGCUUGGGACUGGACUAUCGAUGAGUCUGAGAAAUGGGACAAACGCAUGGAAAAGAAACAGAGACACAGGGACGAUACCGCUUUCCAAGACUAUCGCCAAGAUGCCCGAAAGAUCUACAAGAGGCAGAUGAGGCAAAUGCAGCCAGACCUUGAGGCGUAUGAAAAGGAGAAAAUUUUGGCCGUGGAAAAAGCUGCCGCAAGCGGUGGACUACAGAUAGUGGAAGCAGAAGAUGGCGAGCUUGUUGCGGUUGAUAAAAAUGGCACCUUCUACUCUACGGCCGAUUCAGUAGAUUUCGCGGAGAACAAACCAGACCGCGCCGCGGUUGAUAGAUUGGUGGCGGACUUGAGAAAAGCAGAGGAGAUUCGCCUGAAGAAACGUAAGGACCGCGGCCGGGGCGACGAAGAGGAUGAUGUUACCUACAUCAAUGACCAGAAUAAGAAAUUCAACCAACAAUUGGCGAGGUUUUAUAACAAGUAUACUGCGGAAAUUCGAGACAGUUUCGAACGGGGUACCAUGAUUUGAGAGAAUAUUUAUUGUACAAGCGAGAAGAGAAUCGUCUUUCUCCGCAACACCGGAUUCAAAGGAGAAAGGCAAUGGCCCCAGAUCAAAGCAUAGAUCUUCUCCAACCCUUCGUUGCUAACGUCUCAAUCUUUUUGGGUCCUACAACACCUUGGACAUCAUCAUCACCAAUUGCCUCCACGACAGCCUCGCCCACAAUAUUGACGUUUAGCGGCUUUGCAGUCAUCAUUCCCAAAAACGAGAGCCUUCCUCCAAGAAGCGCGUUCACUUCCGAUCCUACGAUCCCGCCCAGCGCAAUGGGUAAUGUAAGCUUGCGCGAUGAAUCGUACAUGAAAGUCGGUCUUAUAAAAAUACUGCGGAGGCCAGGGAGGUUGGAAGAUACGAGAGCCUCGGCAUCCCUUUUUGACGUGAUGUAUCUUUCCGGAACUACUGGAGCUCCGGCUGCAGCUGAUAUGAAGGCAAAGGUCGGAACAUGCUCGUAGGAGGCUUCUUGCGCGAGAGCGACAGCUUUUGCAGGAAAGUAUUAGCAUAGUUAACGGCACUAUAAAAAAAAUGAAAAUGCAAGUUCCAAACCAACCAGAGUCCCGAUUCAUGAGCUCAUAUGUCAAUUGGCCACCUGCUUCUUUGGCUAUCAAUUCUUCUCCCUCUUGCCUUUGUAGCGGAUUUUGGCUUCCGGGCCUAGAGGAUGCGAACAAUUUCUGUAGCCCAC